AUGACCGACCCUUUGCUCGACCCUUCGUCCGACGACGACUCGUCUCUUCUUCUCCACGAAAAUAUCGACCAACCGCUCACCACCAAGGCAGAGGUGUUUGGCUGGUGUCUCUAUUCCUGGGCUGCCGAGCCGUUUAUUGUCAGCGUCGUGGGCACCUACGUGCCGCUGCUGCUCGAGCAGAUUGCAAGAGACAACGGCGUGAAACUUAUCGACAAAAUCACUCCCUGCAACCAGCCCCACGACCCUACAAUCCCGAUCCCCUCGCCCCCCAAGGACGGAGACUUCCUCAACAGCACACUAACCAACGCCUCGCAGAAUGACUCCUGCGUGCUGCCCCUGCUCGGUGGCCGCUUUUACAUUGACACCUCCUCCUACGCGCUAUAUACGUUCUCAAUCUCGGUCCUUGUCCAGACCGUUCUUGUGAUAUCCAUGUCUGGAGCUGCUGAUCGAGGGUCCCACAGAAAGUCGAUGCUUGUGGGGUUCGGAGUUACUGGGGGCAUCGUCACCAUGUGUUACUGGCUGGUCAACGAUAGGAACUACUAUAUGGCGUCGCUGCUGGCGAUUCUGGCCAACAGCGCGUUCGGAGGAGUCAAUGUCUGUGGAAACUCGUUUCUGUCGCUCUUGGUGAACAACCAUCCCUCGGUUCGACAGAUUAACCUGUCCAAAUCCUCAAAGCUCGCAAGAAUGGGCGAAAUUUCAUCCAAAAUUAGCGGAAUCUGCGCUGCCUCCGGCUAUGUUUCGGCUCUUCUGAUGCAAAUCAUCACCAUGCUUGUCAUUCUCCAUGUCAGAAGCAAUCCAAACAUAGACUCGCUCAUCUACCCUCUAAAGCUCGUUAUCGGCUUGGUAGGACUGUGGUGGUUUGCAUUCCAGCUGCCCAUACAGAUCCUGCUGAAACCACGGCUUUCUAAGGAAUUGCACGUCUCAAUUGAGCCUCCCGACCCAUCGGAACCAGGUUACUCCAUUAACAGCAUAAAAUACAAACUACUCGUGGUCGGGGCAUAUAUUUUGCAUGGUUACAGAACCCUCUUGUCUGCUGCCAGAGCGGCGUCGCAACUAAAAGACAUCAUGGCGUUUCUGUUGGGCUGGUUCAUCAUCUCCGACUCACUCACGACAAUUAACUCAACGGCUAUUUUGUUUGCCAAGUCAGAUUUGCAAAUGACAACGGUGCAGCUGUCUCAAAUUGGCGUCCUCACAAUGGUUUCCGCCAUUGCUGGGUCCGUGCUGCUCCCAAACGUGAUCCAACCGUACUUCAAGCUCGGGCUCAAACAGACCAUGAUUCUCAUCAUUGUAUGGGCAUCCAUAAUCCCGCUGUACGGGAUUCUGGGCUUUUUUAUUCAUUCAUUGGGUCUCCAUCACGCCGUGGAAAUGUACGUGUUGGCUAUCUGGUACGGCUUCUCUCUCGGAGGCGUCGCAACGAUCUCAAGAAGUUUGUACUCGAUGCUGAUUCCACCAGGCCAGGAGUCUGUGUUUUUCGCGCUGUUUAGCAUCACAGAUAAAGGCUCUUCUGUUGUUGGGCCGUUCUUGGUGGGCCUCAUCAUUGACAAAACACACGACAUUCGCAAAUGUUUCUGGUUGUUGUUUCUGUUGCUGGUCGCUGCCGUGCCUGUCUUCUGGUACGGAAUCGAUGUUGAUCGUGGGAUCAACGAAGCCACCGUUUUGGAACACGAACAAGAUGAAUAG